AUGUAUCCCUCAAGGAUACUACGAUCGCAGCAUCACGGCGAGAAGCCAAACAUCACCGGCUUCGACAUCCGGAAAUUCGCACAUGCUGCCGGGCAACCGAAAUACGAUCCUUGGGAGAAUGCGGAAAAGUGGCGGUACACAGGCCAGUUCUCGCGAUGGAACCGAUUUAAACAUGCCUUCCCCGGCUUGGGCAUCGCAACUGUAGCAUUUGCUGCCUACCUCGGCUACGAGCAACUAUUCCUCAAGGACGAGCACCACGGGGAGGGACACGGCGAGGAGCACCACUGA